AAGGAAGGAGACGUCGAAAACAGGCUCGAUAGAGGACAGGAGUUUCUGCGGCAACGUUGGCCGGCGUUGUGCGCAUGCGCACGCGCUUGUCCAAAGUUUGGGCUGGGAGUGGUAGCAUUAGCAUUAGCAUUAGCUCCGCGAGCUUAGCAACCAACCGGAGUGUAAUGGCGGCCUCGGUGUUGUUGGGCUCUGCGGCGGACAACACCGGAUUCGGCUUUGCGGUUGGAGGCGGCGGCGGCGGUACCGGUUCCGGCGCGGGGAGCGUCCUCGUGGCCUGUAACAACGGCCUGGUGUCGGUAGCGGGCCCGGUGCCGUGGAACCGUUCUCUGGAGCGGGCUCUGGACGAAGCCUCGGCCACCGGCUGCCUGAACCUCAGCGGCAGGAAGCUCAAGGAGUUCCCCCGCGGCGCCGCCAACCACGACCUGACCGACACCACCCGGGCCGACUUGUCUCGGAACCGCCUGUCGGAUCUUCCGCCGGAGGUGUGCCUGCUGGUGUCUCUGGAGAGUUUGAACGUCUACCAGAAUUGUUUGAGAUCUCUGCCCGAUCACAUGAUCAACCUGCAGGCCCUCACCUACCUGAAUCUCAGUCGCAACCAGCUGUCGGCGCUGCCGGUGGUGCUGUGCAGUCUCCCGCUGAAGGUUCUGAUCGCGUGCAACAACAAGCUGGUGGCGCUGCCUCAGGAAGUGGGCCAGCUGAGGCAUCUGACGGAGCUGGAUGUCAGCUGUAACGAGAUCAGGACGCUGCCGUCUCAGGUUGGCCGGCUGGAGGCGCUGAGGGACCUGAACAUCAGGAGGAACCACCUGGUGGCCCUUCCUCCAGAGCUGGCCGAGCUGCCGCUGGUUCGUCUGGACUUCUCGUGUAACAAGGUGACGACCAUCCCGCUGUGCUACACGCGCCUGUCGCAGCUGCACACCAUGGUGCUGGACAACAACCCGCUCCACACGCCGCCCGCGCAGAUUUGCAUCAAGGGCAAAGUUCACAUCUUCAAGUUCCUCAACAUGGAGGCCAGCAAGACGACCCUCGACCUCCCGGAAUACGACAGACGAACGUUGAACUUCGGAUCCUGCGUCGAUGAGCCGGACCCCGGUCGGCCCUACGGAGCCUUGGAUUCAGGCUUCAACAGUGUGGACAGCGGAGACAAAAGAUGGUCAGCAAAUGAGGAGCUGUCAGAAGUUCCCGCCCGCGUGCUGGACGUCCACAAAGAGCCGAAGCGAGGGGUGGCGCGCUCCCCCCUGCUGGCCAACGGGACACACGAGCUGGAGCAGAUGGACUUCAUCGACGGCGAGGGGGGGGAAGAGGAGGAGGCCGGGAGCGCGGCGGGAGGAGAGCGAGGAGCGGGAGAACGGGCCAGCCUCAGCUCGCAGUUCAUGGCCUACAUCGAGAGACGCAUCAGCAAUACGGGUUCUCCAGGCAAAGCUGUCUUCUCCAGAACAGAUGACUCCAGACAAAGGCAGAGCAGGAGCGCGGCGGACGGUGCCCCGGCGUCACCCGGUGACCAAAUUCAGGUGAGCGGGCGUCGGCCUCUGAGCGUGGAGCGGAUGAGGCGAGAGGCUCAGCUGGCCGCCCUCAGGUACGACGAGGAGCGACACAGGACGCGCGCCCCGCAGAGAGAUGCCAAGAGUCCAAACAAGCCCGGUCAGGAAGCCAAGAACAUCUACCCCUGUCGACGCUCCACCCACACGGAUGACUCCGCCCUCUUCAUGGGCGAAGAGCGAGGCGGCCUUUCGCCAAGCGCCGGUCCCGCUCACCCCGGCUCGGGGGACGCCGCUGCCUGUCGCGGCGCCGGCUUGCGCCCGGAGAGCUUCCUGUAUCGCCUCAGCCAGCGCGAAGAAAAGAGGAGGGGCGACGCCCCCGCCUCCACUCAGCACCCGCAGGAAGCCACGUCCGCCGCGCUCGGACACGACGCCCAACUGGUGGAGCAGCUCAGGAAGAAUAUCGAGGGCCGGCUGAAGGUGUCGUUGCCGAGCGACCUGGGGGCGGCGCUGACGGACGGCGUGGUCUUGUGUCACCUGGCCAACCACGUGCGGCCGCGAUCGGUCCCCAGCAUACACGUGCCCUCCCCCGCUGUGCCCAAACUGACCAUGGCCAAAUGUCGGCGGAACGUGGAGAACUUCCUGGAGGCGUGUCGUAGGAUGGGCGUCGCUCAGAGUGACUUGUGUCUUCCCCUUCACAUCCUGGAGGAAGAGGGGCUCCCCCAGGUGGCCGCCACCGUCAGCGCGCUUCUCCACUUGGCCCCUCCGAGACACGGCGUCGCCACCGCCGCGAUGACGACCCCCUCCCCUGGCAUGUAGUCCGCAUGUGAAGAUCCGCCAUCUCGAUGCCCUCAUUGGCGUUAGCGUACCACAACCGCAGCCCAGCGGCAAGUCGCACAAUUUCGUGUCUACCUUUUCUUUUCUUUUGUUUUGACUUGACACGCUUGUGUGCGUGACGUCAAACGAUCGACAUAACAUGACCCCGCGCUACAAUCGCUGACCUCAUUCAGUGCUAACACUAGUGACAAAACAAAUGUUUCAUGUUUGCUUUUUAGUACCGAAGCGUAUUGCUGCCACGUUUUAAGUUUGACUUGACCUUCGCCCGCCAAAAAGCAGUUUCUUUCAGUCCAAGUCACUGGUGGAGCCCUCAGAUGUCUUUUUUUUUUAAACACUUACUCUUAUUUAUUUUGUUUUAUUUUAUAUGCGGUAUUUUACAAGAGCAGCAUAGUUACUUAGCUGGUAACUAUUUUUAAGACCAAAAAAAGCCGACUCGGCCUGCCAGUAGCCUGGCCGUCAAAACAUGAUCGGUUUCGCAUUAUAACCUGACAAGGGAUAACUUAUCAUGGGAAAAAUGUGGUAGGGUGUUUUCGUGUGAAACUUAAGGCGUGAAAAAAAAUAUCUUCACUUGAAACAUGACAUUUUGCCAUGAAAUUAGUCACAUUCAAACGUGAAAUUUACCAUGUUAUAAAUUGAUCGUGAAUGUUUUUCUUUUUGUUUGCCAGCAAUACGUUUCUGUAUGUUAGCAACUAGCGUGGGGAAAACAGUUAGCCAAGGAACUGACAUUUUGGUGUUACAUAUGUCUUCUUGAUUGGCACGUAGUCAUCUGUGCGAUGAACGUAGCUAUUUUGUUCGUAGUAAAUUGUUAGUCUCAGCGAGUGCAAUUUAUUGCGAAAACGUGGACUGAAUCGGACUAAAACAAUAACAUUGAAAUGUAUCUGAAUUUGUGCGAUUGGCUGGCGAAGUGAGAUCGCGCUAGCUCAACACGUGCAAUGCUAACUUAUGCUAUUGUAAAGAUGCGGAUGUGUCGGAUUUUUUUGUUUCGUUUUUUUGUCCCUGUCACAUUUUUUUGUGUCUCAUUUUGCACCUUGUUUGUUUCUCAUCUUCUUCGCUUGUACCAACGCCCGGGGGCGCAGAUCACAGCCUCGCUUGUCGGUCGCGUGAUCGCGUCGGGCCCCUUGUUGCGUUGCGGGACAUUUGAUGGAUGAGGCUGCGCCGUCUGCCUUUUUGUGUACAAAUGUAUUGUGUAAAUACAAAGCGUGUGUAGAUGUGUAUAUAAAGAUGACGCGGCCUUUCUGCCUACACCUCCCCUGGUGACGUUUUACGUGUUGCAAACUAGGUAUGUAAUUCUCGCAGGCUCCAUACGAAGUGUGUAAGAGAAGAGUUGGUUACCGCGGCAACGGUCGAACUUCCAGGAAAAUUCCACUUUUUUUUUUUUUUUUGAAUGCGAAAGUGUUGGACACCUUUUCACUUAUUUGUCUCUUGCUGUUAAAAAUAAAUAUUGGAAUAUC